CUGACAUUGCAAUACGCGACAUUGUCUAUUGAAGACAGCAACCAUGAGAGCUAUUCUACCUAUAUUGUUUUUCGGAAAAUUGCUCAUUCUCAUCCAGCUAUCACAAUGCGAUGCGAAGGAUGGAGGGAAUGACGUUCAAUUUACGGGGUUCUUUGCUCCGAUCAAAAGAUUUGAAUGCCGGUACUUGCAGCGUGUUAAGAUAUUCAUUCCAUUUUUUCCCAACUGCAAUCCAAGUACGAAAGACUUUGAUUCUUCAUCAAGUUCGUCAUCAAGUUCGUCGUCUUCAUCAAGUUCAGAAGAAGACAUUAGUCAAGAAUCAGAACCAGAACCAGAAACAGAACCGGAAUCAGAACCAGAGGCAGAACCAGAAGCAGAACCAGAAACAGAACCAGAACCAGAAUCAGAAACAGAGGCAGAACCAGAGGCAGAAACAGAAGCAGAACCAGAACGAGAAGCAGAAUCAGAAUUAGAAGCAGAAUCAGAGGCAGAACCAGAAACAGAACCAGAAUUAGAAUCAGAACCAGAGGCAGAAUCAGAAGCAGAACGAGAAGCAGAAGCAGAAUCAGAAUUAGAAGCAGAACCAGAGGCAGAACCAGAACCAGAAACAGAACCAGAAUCAGAAUCAGAAUCAGAACCAGAACCAGAGGCAGAACCAGAAGCAGAAGCAGAAUCAGAAUUAGAAGCAGAACCAGAGGCAGAACCAGAAACAGAACCAGAAUCAGAAUCAGAACCAGAACCAGAAACAGAAUCAGAAUCAGAACCAGAGGGAGAUCCAGAAACAGAACCAGAAGCAGAAUCAGAACCAGAGGCAGAACCAGAGGCAGAACCAGAACCAGAAGCAGAACCAGAACCAGAAGAUGGCCCCGAACUUUAUGUUGUACUCGGAAAACUCUCAUUCGGUACAUUUUACCACAACCAGGAAGAUUUUUUUACAGUAAAAGACAUUGAUUGCAUAAAUUAUCCUUGUACUUUCAAUUGGAAUGAAGAUGUCAAUGAAGAUACUAAUAUAACGAUAACUUACAUGAUUUUUGGCGACUUGGGGAUGUAUUCCUAUGGUCCUGAGGAACGACAAACAAUAUGUGAAAUGAGCCGUGAGCCUCGUGGUUCUUGGUCGGAGGUAGUUUGGAAUACCAUUUCACACAUGAUAGCCGGAGAUUCUGAUGGUUGCAACAUCAAAGCUGGAUCAUAUGAAUAUAAAGAAAAAGAUACGGAAUUCUAUUUCAUAACGAAGGAAAAACUUGCAUGUGGCAAGUUGAGUGUCUCAUUCAAUUUGUAUCGUGGCGCUUCAGAAAACCGUGCGGCAGGAUCGUUCACGACGUAUAAGUUACCCGAAAAAGGUCCUAAUUGUACCGAAACGUAAGUAUCUUAACACUGUAUAUUACACGCAUUACCUUGUGUUGCAGUUCUACUUGAUGAAUGCACAAUAAAUACAAUAAUUA